ACCAUAUAAAGCAGGUGCUGCUGCAUUAAGCCGUUCACCAGCAGAGCGACAGCUCGCUGCCGCAGAUGAGGGAGAAUCGGUUAGCCCCGCAGAAAUAGCGAAGACCCCCAUGAUUGCACGCAUACAUUCCUGCAUCAUUUAAUGACUCUUCUGUCAGACCGAAGCGAAAUCUUGAAAGACACCCGUCGGCUUUUCGCGCUUCAAAACAGAUCGGUGGCGGCAGCUCCUGUGUAAAAAAUGAUAACAAGAGGAUGUUUCAUUUUGACACUACUGGUGAACUGCGUACUUUCGCUACCAGUAUCUCCACAUCACAUUGAGAAAGAAGAUGUCAAGGUGAUGAAAUGCAUCGUGGAGGUGAUCGCUGAUGUGCUGUCCAAGCCCCACCCCCUUCCUGUCAGCCAGGACUGUCUGGACACUCUCAGGGCAGAUGACAGGCUGAUCUCCAUACUCCGCCACCAGAACUUCCUCAAGGAGCUGCAGGAGAUCGCCAUGCAAGGUGCCAGUGAGAGAGCCAAUCAGCAGAGCGGGGGUGUGGCUGAGCAGGUGACUGACAAGCCUGGGGGUCCCUUAGGCAUGGAGGAUAUACCAGACCGAUCCAUGCUGGCCUUCCUGGACAGGCCGGGGGAGAGGGCCUCGGCAACUGAGAAGAGAGACCGGGACGGGGUGAAUGAGGAGAUGGAGGCGGCAUCACAGGAGGAGUCCGAGACUGGAGCUAACGGAGGGAAAGAGGAGGGAGAGGAGGAGGUGGAGGAGGAGAGGAAGGCCUCCAUGGAGGAGGGGGUGAAGCAAUCUGGCUUGCAGAAGGAGGGUGGGAACGACAUUGAGGAGGACAGCAGCAUGCAGGUGAAGAGAGGGGGUGAGACUGACCUGGCUAAGCGCACCCAGGGGGUGGAGCCAGAGGAGAAGAAACCUGUCAAAGAAGAGGCGGAGCCGGAGGAGGUAGAGAAGACCAUCGGAGGGUCAGAGAAAGGAAAGGAGGACGGGGAGGAAGAGGAGGAGGAGGAGGAAGAGGAGGAAGAAGGGGAGCGCUGGGGCAGCAAGCGCGCAGAGGGGGCGGAAGAGGGGGAGGAGGCCGGGGGGCGGGAGUCCUCUCACCUCCUGAGCCCGCGGCUCCCACAGGAAGUGCCCCACCACUCCAAGGAGGACACUGGAGAGGAGGAGGCACGCCGGAGCCCCGAGGCGCUGGAGCUCCAGAUGAUGGCCCGCAGGGACCCGGAGGAGGGCAGCGCCAGCCGCAAGACGGAGGACCAUGACAUCGAGAGCCUGGCAGCCAUUGAGUCCGAGCUGGAGAGCAUGGCCCAGAAGCUCCACGAGCUGAGGAGAGGUUGAGCGGAGGGGGCCGUCCUUCCUCCCCCAGCUCCUCCUCUUCCUCAGUUUUCAGACGUGCCAGCCGCCUUUGAGGCAGAGCCCUCUUUCUUUUCGGCCACCCCCUGAAAGAGUGCCCAGUCACCCCAUGCCCCAGUGCACUUCUCUCUUACUCUCUGAAAUCAAACUGUCCCACUCCCCCCACUGGCCACACCCCUCUCUGGCUGGCCCCGCCUCCUCCUUCUGCUAGUGCUUCAUGGCAGUACCCCGCCUGCUUCUCCAAUGGUUUUUGCACUGC